CACAGGAAAAAUGAAGGUCCUUCUGCUUCUUGGACUUGUGGCCGUCGCCCUUGCUGAAAUAACAAGAUUCGAUGGAGGGAAAGUGUACCGUCUACAGCUGAAAACGGAGGAGCAGGUGUCCAUCGUAAAGGAGCUGGGAGACACCCUACAGCUCGACUUCUGGAACACCGAAAACGAGUUUUUGAGGGUCGACACGGACGUUGACGUCCGCGUGAAUGCGGAGCACGUCGACCUGUUCGGCACUGCGCUGGAGCAAGGCGAGAUUCAGCAUGAGGUUCUGAUAAACAACCUGCAGGCGGCGAUCGACAACCAGAUGGACAAGGACGUCUCCACCAAGUCUCACGCCUACGACAAGUACAACUCAUGGGACAAAAUCCAGGAAUGGGUCACCUCCGUCACAUCGGGGAACCCCAACCUCAUCAGCAGGGAGGUGAUCGGCAACACCUAUGAGGGGCGACCUAUGCACCUGCUCAAGAUCGGCAAGCAGUCCGGCUCUCCGAAGCCAGCGAUCUUCAUGGACUGCGGUAUCCAUGCACGGGAGUGGAUCACACCAGCCUUCUGCCAGUGGUUUGUCAAAGAGGCUGUGUCCACCUACGGAAGUGACCCUCAGAUGACCGACCUGCUGAACCAAAUGGAUAUCUUUGUCCUGCCUGUGUUCAACAUUGACGGUUAUGUGUACAGCUGGACAAAUAACAGAAUGUGGAGGAAGACGCGCUCCACGAACUCCGGCAGCUCCUGCCUCGGCACAGAUCCCAACAGGAACUUCGACGCCGGCUGGUGCACAAUCGGAGCCUCCAGUAACCCCUGCAGCGAAACCUACUGCGGCUCCAGACCCGAGUCAGAGGCGGAGGUCAAAGUUGUGGCUGACUUCAUCCGGAAGAACAAGCCUAUUAUCAAGGCCUAUCUGACCAUACACUCCUACUCCCAGCUCCUGCUCUUCCCUUACUCUUACACCACACAGCUGGCACCUGACCAUAAAGAGCUGCUCAGUGUCGCCGAGGGAGCUGCCGAUGCGCUGCGCUCGCUGUACGGCACCAAGUACACCAGCGGCCCUGGAGCCGUGACCAUCUACCCGGCUGCCGGAGGCUCUGACGACUGGGCCUACGACCUGGGGGUGAAGUACGCCUACACGUUCGAGCUGCGGGACACUGGGCGCUAUGGCUUCCUCUUGCCCGAGUCGCAGAUCAAGCCCACGUGCGAGGAGACCAUGCUUGCCGUCAAGUACAUCGCCGCCCAUGUGAUCAACAGCCUCUAG